AUGUCUCUGAAAUUCGAAAAACGAAAUCGACCACCUCUGUCCUGCGAACCAUGUCGCACACGGAAGUUGAAAUGCAACAGAUCUCUGCCCUGUGAUACAUGUAUCAAACGCAAUGUGGAAUCUAAUUGCACAUACGCUUCUAACGCCGUACGCGGUAAGACACGUACUUCAAGGGAACGUGCCUUGAGUGAUAGACUGAAGCGUCUCGAGGAUACAAUCCAAUCAUUUGUCGGGGGAGAGAAUGUGUCCUCAACAAACCCACAGCCACAACUAGAAGGGACACAUACAUUUAAUGAGAGUGGAAGCCUUCUUGGCCCCCAUGGAGUUUCUGUCACCGCGGCUGGGUUGGCUACUAGCAAUGAACCUCGCACCGGAGACCAACAUCCCCAAGAAAAGUCUCACGUUGAUUCCAGUCACUGGGCUUCUAUAUUGGAGGAUAUCAAGGAAGUCCGAGAAAGCUUGUCUACCGUUGAUCCCUUUUCGCUCAGCGAGCCAACAAACGACAGUGGAAGUGGACAAUCAGACGUGAGUCUUGCUCCUGGAGCCGAAGCACGAUUAAACAUCAAGGAUAUUCUUGCCUCGCUUCCAACGCGCCCUAUCUGUGAUAUGUUGGUCUCUCGAUAUUUCAAUGCUCCGUACAUGUAUGAAGAAUUCUGGAAAGCACCAUACAAAGCUCCCGUGCUUUGGAUCGCGCUUCUUUUUGGUGUCAUUAGUGUAUCAGUCCAUUUCUGCAUAAAAAUGAACGCAGACGGGGCUGUGAAUGGUACAAUUCCAUCGCCCGAGAUCCUUCAACAGAAGACAGCGCAAUGCCUUUUGCUAGGAAGAUAUAGAACAGCCAAUGCCUACGCACUAGAGGUAUUGAUCCUAUAUCUCCAGAGUGGCUUUUUGGGCGACAUGAAGACUACCUCCCGACAAUGGUUCGACAUGGGGAUCAUACUGAGGUUAGCAUUCCGCAUGGGCUAUCACCGUGACCCCAGCACUUUCCCCGGGACGACCACACCAUUUGAUAGCGAAAUGAGACGUCGAGUGUGGCUACAUAUCUUCCAGCUGGAUGCCCUCUUGAGUUUCCAGCUAGGCCUUCCAAGCAUGAUACCGGCCGACUGCUGUGACACACAUGUUCCCAGGAACUUAAACGACACCGAUCUCCAGGUUCGGAUGUCGACAUUACCUCCAUCUCGACCAUCCUCGGAAUACACCCCUUUUCUCUAUUUUAUUUCCAAGGCUAGCGUAAUGAGCAUCUUCAAAAAGAUCGUUGCACAUACAAUUUCCCUCGCAACCCCAUCUUACAGCAGGACCACUACUUUGGAUGCCGAGAUGCGAGGUGCUUACAGUCUGGUUCCUGACUUCCUAAAACGGAGAGACACGAACCAAUCCCUCAUGGAUUCAUCUGAGAUAAUCUUAAACCGAUGCAACAUCGAACUCCUAUACCUGAAAGGACUCGUCGUUCUACACCGACGGUAUAUCCGCUACGAACACCAAGAUGCCAAAUUCGAGACUUCACGACGUUUCUGUGUGGAAGCAGCUCUCGAAAUCCUCGCCCGCCAGGUAGACUUGCACCAAGCAUUCCAACCAGGUGGCCGUCUACACGAAGACCAGUGGAUGCUUUCCUCACUGACAAUUCACGAUUUCCUCCUAGCUGCAAUGGUCAUAUGUCUGGAUAUAUCUGUGCGUCUCGAAUCUCAUACGACAGCUUUUGUAGACGAGCGUGCAGACCACGGCUUUGUUUCGAGAGAAAUUUCCGCGCUGAAAACUUCCCAACGCAUUUGGGCUGCUAAUAGCCAUCGUUCGCCGGAAUCUCGCAUUGCGUCGCUGGCACUGGACUUGAUGGCCCAGAAGGUGGCGGAGCGUCAGGCUACUUUCUCGUGUGAUCAGGCUGCGUUUAUGGAAAUUCCUCGAGUGAGUCCGGAAUUGCCGUACAUGGAGCCAAUGUCGGAAAUGAUUGAUGGGUCUGAGACACUGGAUUGGCUCUUGUUAGACCAAUAUUUCCAGAACUCUGGUCUCGAGGUGCCUCAGUUAGACCCAGAAAAUGAUAUGGGUGGGUUAUUUACGGAUGUUCCUGGUGCAUUUGACCCAUUUGCGUAUAAUUAG